AUGGAGGGCAUGCAAUUCUUUCCCGAUGAGAAAUUGAUCAACAAGGUCGAAGAACAGACCUCGCUGUUUAGUCGUCAGGAUGCGGAAGAAAUGGAUCUCACUUCUUCGGCAACAGCCAAGUUUGUGUGCCAAAACACAACGAACCCGGACGAGGUGGCAUGGAUGAGCGUGCAUAUGCAGCUCCCCUACAAAGAGUCCGUUUUUCUAUCAACCGCCAAGCGUGCCAGCGAGGUGUCAUCCAAGAUCUCCGAGGGAAUGCAGUUCAAUUUUGACGCCCGUAAACUCCUUCAUGACCAUGGGUGUACUUCUGCGCCAGCUCUCCUUGGGUACUCGCACCAAAUGCAACCCGCGGACGGAAUAGUGCCACGCGGCUAUCUCUUCUACCUGGCUACCAGCAAAGUGCCGGGAAUACCCCUUGGCACUGGAACCAACUCUGUAACCAGUCAAGGCUUAUGCCAGUCGGACGGGGUCUUCUGGCAACUCCCGCGCAAGGAUAGAGAUCGCAUUCGAGCGGCGUUUGAGGUGGCCUACAGGUUUGUGCUGAAUUAA